CCGGCGAGCCUAAACUAGUAAGACCCGAUCAAUAUGUCUAAAGCUUCGUUGAGAGUUCCAUCUGAAACUCCCAGUGACAGUGACCAUGCAAAUCUAUCUCGCACUUUCAAGUACUUAUUGGCUACUCAGUUUCUGUCAAGAGGAAUCCCAUUCAUAUUCAAUUCAUGGGUAGUGAGGCACCUCACCCAGGAGGACUAUGCGGUGUAUGCUGUUCAGUUCCAUCUAUUUGUGACAUGUAUUUUGUUUCUUAGCCGCGAAGGAUGCCGGCGAGCCUGCAUGCGUGCUGAUAUUAAAUUUGACGGUGCUUCAGCAAAAGACAAUGUUGCGAACUUGUUGAAAGUGGCCUGGAUCUGUUUCCCACUUGGAGUGGUUAUCACGAUUGCAGCUUGUGUCUUUGUCUUCUGUUGGCAAGGAUUACAUCAUUCUGACCCAUAUGCUCAAGCUAUUUUGAUAAAUGGUAGUGCAUGUAUAUUAGAGCUGUUGGCGGAGCCUCUACAUAUCCUUUCUCAGACAUUAUUUCUACUCAAACUGCGCUUGAUGGUUGAAACUGCAGCUACGUUUUCACGCUGUUUAACAAUGUACAUUCUAAUUGUGAACCUCACUAACAUGGAGAAGGGAAUUGUCUUUGCAUUGUCUCAAGCAGCAUACGGAGCCUGCAUUUUUCUGGGUUAUUGGAGCUAUUUUCUUCUUUUUCGUGCAUUUAGGAGUUCUGAUCUUUUUCCUUUCAGAGUAGGACAUAUGAUGAAUUUUGAUAAGCAGCUCUCAAACAUGUGUAUGUUGUUUACCCUUCAAUCCUUUCGAAAGUUGAUCCUUCAAGAAGGAGAAAAGAUUGUCCUUGUAUGGUUGGAUACCCCAUAUAACCAAGCUGUGUACGGACUCGUAGACAAACUAGGGAGCUUGGUGGUUAGGUUGGUGUUUCUUCCUUUUGAAGAAAGUUCAUAUUCCACAUUUGCUCGGUCUGCAUCAGGACAGUCUCCAAAUAAAAGCAAGAACUUAGGAAGAUGUCUUACUGAGGCCCUGAAGCUUGUUUUACUAAUUGGUCUUAUAUUUUUGGCAUUUGGUCCAAGUUACUCCUAUUGCCUUAUCAGACUCUUGUAUGGUCAGAAAUGGAGUGAUGGAGAAGCUUCAACAGCCCUCCGUUAUUAUUGUGUCUAUAUCAUUGUUUUGGCUAUGAACGGGACCUCUGAAGCAUUUCUUCAUGCAGUUGCAACAGAAAACCAACUCAAACGCUCAAACGACUCUUUGCUUGUAUUUUCAUUGAUAUAUGUAGCUUUGAAUGUCCUUCUUAUACAAUCCGCCGGUGCUGUUGGUUUGAUUCUCGCUAAUUCUUUGAAUAUGGUUUUUAGGAUUAUCUACUCAGCAAUUUUCAUCAAACACUUUUUCCAGGAGUUUUCAUCAUUUUCUUUCUCCAGCUGUUUACCUUCAGGUUGGACAAUUCUGUUGCUAUCCGGUGUAGCUACUCUUAUUUCAGAAAAAGUAUUUCUGGACCGUGAAAAUUUUUGGACAUCCUUUUUGGUUCAUUUUUGCAUUGGGUUCACUUUCUUCUGCAUCUCAGCCUUUGUCAUUUUUCGGCGUGAGAGGUCUUUUAUCAACAAAAUUAUCCGUUUCCGCGACCACUCGGACUGAAAUCAAGAAGUACCAUAACUGCAUCUUGAAAUUGAAGGUGGGAUUAUUUUCCUUAAGAUUACUUCUAAUAUUCCCCAUAAUUUAUCAUCCAUUGAAUGAGUUGUGAUGGGGUUUGUGAAUUUUGGUUGGUAGUUAUGAAUUUCAUUCAAUUGAUAAAAUGCAAAGGAAAUUCUUCCUAGCAAAUAUAGAACAGUAGAACAGACAUGUCAGAAACAGAAAUUGUACCAAGUAUACUAAAUGAUAAUUUCAAGAAUUUUUAUUCUUCUGAAUGUUCAACAAGGCGAAAGCUGAUGAUA